GGGCGGGCGCGCUGACGCGCGCGGAAGCACCCUACGGACCCUCGAAAACUGCCCGCGCAGCUGAGCGGCUGCGACCACUGCCUGGCACCCCGACGGGAGGGGCUCCGGGUCGUUCGGAGCCGGCUGAACCCCUUCGGCCCCGAGCGGCCGCAUGAGUCGGGGGACUAUGCCCCAACCCGGAGCGUGGCCAGGCGCGAGCUGCGCCGAGACGCCGGCGCGGGAGGCUGGGGCCGCGGCGCGGGACGGCGGGAAGGCGGCGGCCAGCGGGCAGCCGCUGCCCGAGAUGCAGUGCCCGGCCGAGCAUGAGGAGGACAUGUACCGUGCUGCAGAUGAAAUAGAAAAGGAGAAAGAAUUGCUUAUACAUGAAAGAGGGGCAUCAGAACCGAGAUUAAGCGUAGCUCCUGAAAUGGAUAUCAUGGACUACUGCAAAAAAGAAUGGAGGGGAAAUACACAGAAAGCAACAUGUAUGAAAAAGGGCUAUGAGGAAGUGUCUCAGAAGUUCACCUCCAUACGGCGAGUCCGUGGUGAUAAUUACUGUGCACUGAGGGCCACGCUGUUCCAGGCCAUGAGCCAGGCUGCGGGGCUGCCGCCCUGGCUGCAGGAUCCAGAGCUCAUGCUGUUACCAGAAAAACUCAUAAGCAAAUACAACUGGAUCAAGCAAUGGAAACUUGGACUGAAAUUUGAUGGGAAGAACGAGGACCUGGUUGAUAAAAUUAAAGAGUCCCUUACUCUGCUGAGGAAGAAGUGGGCAGGCUUGGCUGAAAUGAGAACUGCUGAAGCAAGACAGAUAGCUUGUGAUGAACUAUUCACAAACGAGGAGGAGGAAUAUAGCCUCUAUGAAGCUGUAAAAUUUCUAAUGCUAAACAGAGCCAUUGAACUAUAUAAUGAUAAAGAGAAAGGAAAGGAAGUACCAUUUUUCUCUGUGCUUCUGUUUGCUCGGGACACAUCGAAUGACCCAGGACAGCUUCUGAGGAACCACCUCAACCAGGUGGGACACACUGGUGGUCUUGAACAGGUUGAAAUGUUCCUUCUUGCCUAUGCUGUGCGCCACACCAUCCAGGUGUACCGGCUCUCCAAGUACAACACGGAAGAAUUCAUCACAGUCUACCCCACCGACCCACCCAAGGACUGGCCAGUGGUAACGCUCAUUGCCGAGGACGAUCGGCACUAUAACAUCCCCGUCAGAGUGUGUGAGGAGACCAGUCUAUGAGAGACGCAUGCUCCUGACAGCCUGGCGACGUGGUGAAGCUGCACAGGCUUCCAGCCACCCUAAGCCACGAGACUGGGCAAGGUCACCAAGGAUCCCCCACUGAUGAGUGCCACCAUCCAACUCUGGUCAGUGGCUGCUCAGGUUCUCCUGCACCCAGGAGGAUGCACCUGGGAGGAGGCUCCCGGGGUGGCUGUCUCACCUGCUUCCGGUAGACAUAGCACGCGGCGAUGGCGACCAUGGUGGAUUCUCCCACAAAGCCCGCCAGGAGGGAGCCCACACCCAGGGUUGCACCGUGCACCCUGCAGAUGAGAACACAAAGGCGAUUUGUCUGUUAAGGCCAAGUCAAGGCACAACCGUCCAUGCCAAAACCCAGGAAAGUAAGUGUAUCCUUGAGACGGCUGAGACCAGUGGUGUUCUCCAUCUGUUGGCUUCGUAAGGGCCACAGCUAAUAACCUAAUGUGUGAGGGGAACUGGGAACUCGGGGUUGGGCCGCCUCCCUCCCGCAGCACAUGGAUCCUACAGCACACGGACCCGACAGCCCUUCCUACCCUCCCAGGACACUGGGAGCUCUCUGAGCGCGGGGACCAUAUCCUUCUUCUCUUCUGGUUUUCACGUCCAGCAUACGCUCGAGCCCGUGCAGGGCCAGCCACACCCCAACAGGCGCUCAGUGGCUAUUACUCGUGUCUGGGCCUGACCCCAAAAGCCCUUUUCUUGAAUGGAUCCCAAGAGCCUCCACCUGGUGCCUGGGCAGACACACAAAACAUCAUUCUGAAUUUCCGAUUCUAGACAGGCCUGGGGCUUUCCCGUGGAAAUGUAGAUCUUAAACCUCUGGGCACAGUAUUGAAGGGGCAGAAGGACCCACAGCCCCAAACUCCCUGACGACAUACCCCAGGUAGGGCAGGACCACGAGGCUGGCGAUGAGGACAAUGAUCCGCAGCACAGAGCUCGGGGCCAGGACGAAGGUUUUCUUCAGCGUCAUCAGCCACCCAGUGAGAUGCGCCCUCACUGUGACUGUGGGGAGGAGCAAAGGACUCGUCAGGCGUGCCCGCGUCCCCUCCCCAUCCUGCUGCCUCUGGACCAGGGCAGCACGUCCGAGAGCCAGAGGCUGCCUGGGACCCUGGUCUUGCUGCUGAGCCUCUGGCCACCCCGUCUUCCUGCCAGGGCUCCCCAUCCCUGCUCCUGAGCCUAGGCCGGCCUCGGCUCCCCGCCUCCUCACAGCCCUUUGGGUCUAAACGGCUGGGGACCGGCCGGCUCCUUGCUCCACUGGGACAGCAUCUUCCAGGCAGCCUAGCUGCUCCUGUCCAGUCCUGUCCCUACACUUGCCCAGCCUCGCCCUCGAUCAUCCACCUUUAGAAGAGAACACUCAGAGAAAAGUGGCAAUACGACGGCACUCUGGUGUGGUGCUGGGUGAGCAGAAAAGCUGGCACCAGAAGUCAUCUUCCCUGCCUGCGGUCAGAGGUAUGGAGACCAGAGCAGUGGGGUAGGAGGAGGAAGCUGCACGUCCCCACUUCCCUUUGUUCCUUCCCUGAGCUGGUCCUGACCACUUCCACCGAGGUCACUUCCCUUUCUCCCUCUCCUGAUGCUGUGGCCCUCGUUGCUGCGCUGCCAUUGCACCACAGGCUGUGUGGCCUCCCCGUGCCUGCCUCCUCACUGGAUCUGAGCUGCAGGAGGGCCGUGGGUGGACAGCGGGGAACUGUGGAGAGCACGGGGCUCGCCCUUGUCAGUAGGAAGGCCCUGAGCAUCUAGAUUCCACCUGAAACUGGAAAGGCUUGAGGAAGCACAGGGCAGGGCCUGCUCCUUGAAGAGAGGGGCCCGUCACCUCCCUGUGGACAGCACCAGGCAAAAGCUCUUGGAGGAGGAAGUGCUCAUUCCUGGGAUACAAAUUCCUUUCCAGGGUAUGCUGGUUUGGAAGGCAGCCUCUGCCGUCCGCUUGGUCUAACAGCAUGUCCCGCCUUCCUCUGGGUGGAAGCCUCGUAUUAAUACUAACAAGGCUCAUUUUCUUCUCUUAGGCAGACAGACCCACUGAGGUUUUUGACCAAAGGAGAGAGUCGGUCCCAGGCAUAUGCUAAACUGGUUAGCCCAAAUCCAACAGAUUGCCAAGAGCGGCAGGGCCUGGCAGCUGUCUGGAAGCCCUUCAUCUUACAGAUAAGAAAGUGGAGUCAAAUGGAGAUUAAAGGUGAAUCGCACAGCCAGCUAUAGCCUGCUCCCAGCUGGGGCGCUCCAGGCCCCUCCUCUGGUCACUACCAUAGGAAAUUAGCUGCAUGUGUCUCAAUCUGCGAGUGCAGCUCCUUCCGGAUGGUGACACCUUCCAGAGCUUGGUUCACCCUCUAUCUACCCAACAAGUCCAGAUGCCAUCCCGGUGCUGUGAUCUUCCAGCCACUUCUCCGUUUCUGCCACAGCCCAGAAAGUGAUGCUGCAAGGCCUUAGAACAAGGGCUGCUCCAUCAGCUCUGGCCUACCUGGGCUCCAUGGCUCCUUUCUUUUUCUCUUUUUUUUCUUGUUUUUUUGAGACAGAAUUUCACUCCUAUUGCAUAGGCUGGAGUGCAGUGGCAUAAUCUCGGCUCACUGCAACCUCCACCUCCUGGGUUCAAGCGAUUCUCCUGCCUCAGCCUCCUCAGUAGCUGGGAUUACAGGCAUGUGCCACCAUGCCCAGCUAAUUUUUUGUAUUUAGUGGAGAUGGGGUUUCACCAUGUUGGUCAGGCUGGUCUCUAACUCCUGACCUCAGAUGAUCCACCUGCCUCGGAUUCCCAAAGUGCUGGAAUUACAGGUGUGAGCCACUGUGCCCGGCCCAUGGCUCCUUUCUUAACAUGUGGCUUUGUAGAUUCUGGCUUCCCAGUUUAAUGAUAUAAGUGGAUCUUUUGGGGAAACUGAUAUUUGACUAGGUGACACACCUGGUACAGAAUUUAAAAGGUACAAAAGGGAAUAGGGUACAAAGGUCUUCCUCCCAGUGGUGACUUCCCAGGCCCUUGUCCUGCUUCCCACAGGCAACCACUGUUAGCAGCUUGGUGAGUUACUUACAGAAAAAGAAUGUAGCUAUGCAAGCACUUAGCACAUCCAUAUGACAAUACAGACAUACAUGUGCUACAUAUCUGCUAUGGAAAUGGCUGCAUACUAAUCAACCAUUCUGCAACCUGCUCUUCUCAUUUAAUCUAGAACGACCUCAUUCUUGUCUGGUACACCUCACACCACUAUAUUGGCUUGGUGUAAUAACUUUCCAACUGGCUUUUGUCUCAGCCAUGAGCAGUUUCCUUUCUGAACAUCCAUCAUCUGGCCUCAGGUUGCCCUGGAAUCUUCCUUUCUCCAGCAGUCCUUCUCUGUCUUUGUAUAUCCCCAGGCUUUAGCAAUAAGCUCACUCUAUUUUUCUUUUUUUCAUUUCACUUUUUAAAUUAACAUAUUGUAAAACUGGCUUUUUGGUGCACGGUUCUGAGAAUUUUAAUACAUGAACACAUUUGUGUAACCACCACCACAACCAAGACAGAGGGCAGUUUUAUUUUCUCCAAAACUCCACGUGCUACCCUUUCGGGUCUACUUUCUUUUUACUGUUUUUGCAAUCACUGCACUUUUAAAAACAAGUUAUACGGCCAGGUGCAGUGGCUCACGCCUAUAAUCCCAGCACUUUGGGACGCCAAAGAGGAGCACUUGAGGCCAGGAGUUCGAGACCAGCCUGCACAACAUGGUGAAACCCCCAUCUCUACUAAAAAUACAAAUAUUAGCUGGGUGUGGUGGUGGGCGCCUGUAGUCGCAGCUAAUUGGGAGGCUGAACAGAGGAGAAGUGCUUGAACCCGGGAGGCAGAGGUCGCAGUGAGCUGAGAUUGUGCUACUGCAUUCCAGUCUGCAUUCCAGACAGAGACUCUGUCUCAACAACAACAACAACAACAAAAUAUAUAUAUAAACAUAUAAUCACAUAUAUAAAUAAAAAAUAUAUAAAAACAAGUUAUACCUAUUGAUUCAUUUCUUGAACUUUCACCAUACUGGCUAAUGUUUGUGCAUCUUUCUAAGCCACAAUGAAAUUUUACAUUUGUGUUGGUGACAUGAUUGCAAACAUUUCCAAAGAAAGAUUUAAUUAGGCAUGAGGAUAAACAGGAAUGUUUCUUUCAUUCUGUUUUUCUUUACCUGGAACUGGGAAGAAGGAGAAGAUCCGCAAAGGAACAACACAGAGUUCUGCAAAGGCAAAGUCCACUCCAAUGAUGUCUAUCAAGAUUUUCUCGGACACGUUGGGUGUCCAAAACAUCACGAAACAGAGCUGGGGGAGAAAGACAUCGAACAGGUUGUGAGAAAAAGGUGGAAGCGAGUGAAAUGAGCAGGUCAGGUGUGGCACAAUCCUUGGAGAGUUACGAAAGGGGGACAACUGGCCCGACUGGGUGGCAGGCAUGCUGGUCCCAGAUCUGCCACCUGCCUGCGUGGCUGUCUCCUGACCACAGAGGCCCUGGUCCAUUAGCCAUGGCUGUACCCAGGGGACUCCCAUGGCAGAGCAGAUGUGGCUUCUCCAAGAGUGGGUCAUUUAUUUCUGAAUGGGUGAGCAGGCCCGUUCAGAACCAAUGUGCUUUGGGGCAAGGCUUAAGGAGACUGCCAAACAGCUCGGCCAGUUCUGCAUGGACAUGUUUUAUUCAUAUAAUUUUUACAGCUUUAAUGAAAAAAAAAAAGACCUGAAAGUUCUUGGAUGUGUACAGAACCACACAGAAUCAGCACACAUAAUGAAAAGCGAAAUGCUAGUGUUUAGAGUAAGGAUCAACCUAUGAACCUUUUAAAGUCUAGUUACAAGAAUAAGAGAUGAGACAGCAACAGAAUUGGAACUCUGGAAAGCAGAUGGGAGGUGGUAAACUGAUGUAAUAGAUGCAGGAAAAGGGAAUCCUGAACCCAAUGGGGAAAGUGGAGCUUUCUCCCCACCUCCCUUCCCCGCAGAUCAGAAAGUGAGGCACAGGUCCUUCCGGAGACGGGGCGAAGGCGGGGUCCAGAGCAGGAUGGCUGGAAGUCAAGUUAGUAAGCAAUCCAUCCACAGCUCCCCUUGCAUAGCUGGCGACUACAUCUCCCCGAAUUUGACAGGAAACAGGAGUUUAGUCUCCGGAUGUGGUAAAACAGAGGGGUACCUGGCGUGGCCCAGAGCAGAGUUACUACAGGUUGAGUAACCCUUAUCUGAAAUGCUUGGAACCAAAAGUGUUCUGGAUUCUGAAGUUUUCAGAUUUUAGAAUGUUUGCAUUAUACUUACAGGUUACGCAUCCCUAAUCCCCAAAUACAAAGUCCAGAAUGCUCCAAUAAACAUUUACAUUGAGAGUCAUGUCAGCGCUCAAAAGUUUCAGAUUUUGGAUUUUCCAUUUUUGGAUUAGGCAUACUUAAUAUGUACAUGUAAAACGGGGAUAUAGAGAAGGAUGACAUUUGCAUGUUCGGGCUUCCUUCCUCUUCUGUGCUCCCAGAACAUGGGAAACUAGUUGAGGCCUUCCCAGGUAGGAGACCGGAAAUGGUCUCUGAGGAAUCUGACCAGCCCAAGAGAAAAGACGUCAAGUUCCUGAAAAUUAGAGUCUCCCAAUGAAGCAGCCACACUUGAGCAGCCAUCAGUGAGGCCCCUGCAGGUGAGAAACCUCAUCCUGGUGUUCACAGCUUCCAAUCAACUCCUAGUCUCUGGAUAAGGUAAAAUGGAUGGGGUGGGGGGUACCUGGCAUGGUUGAAGGAGGAGUUACUACAGCUAGUAACCAGAGCCCCACUUAUCAAAAUGAGCAGGCAACGAGGGAGAAGUACGCUUUGACAAAGGCCUCUAAUGUGAGAUCAAAAUUAUGGAAAAAACUGCAACUUAAGAGGAAACAAAGACAAUACAGAAAGAGAGAGAGGGAAAAAAAAAAAAAAAAACUUUUCU